GUACGUUCCACUGGGAGAAGGUCAAAUGACUCCGCGUGUCUGGUUGUGUACUAGCCGCGAUGGUGCACGACUGAUGGGAAGCACUCGCCGCCCUGCGUCUGACUGUUUUGCGCCGGCCGUUCACGCCAUGCCUGCGUAAAAGUUUGAAAAGUUGACAUCACGCUGCGACCCUCAAGCCUCUGUGCAGGAGAAAGAAGACGCUGCCAACAUGUUCAGCACUAAAAGACUUAAGCAGAAGUCUCAGUCGGUGGAUAUUGCCAGUCAAGGUUUCUCCCCGACUCUGGUACCGGCCUCGCCUCACAACAAGACCUCACAACCAGCCGCCAAGACACCCACUGCUCUUGGCGUCCAGGAAAACAACACCACCAACGCUCAGCGCCGCAGCCCCCGUUGUGGCGAGCUGAAGAGGGGCUACACUAUUGAUACCGGCCAGAAGAAGACCCCUGAGAAGAAGGAUGGAAGGCGCAUGUCGUUCCAGAGACCCAAAGGAACCAUUGAAUAUUCUGUGGAAUCGCGGGACACAUUGAACAGCAUAGCGCUCAAGUUUGACACCACGCCCAACGAGCUGGUUCAGCUGAACAAGCUGUUCUCCAGAGCGGUAGUUCCCGGCCAGGUUCUGUACGUACCUGAUCCUGAGUACGUCUCCAGUGUUGGAAGCUCCCCCUCCCUCAGUCCCAUCAGCCCCCUGUCUCCCACCUCCUCCGAAGCUGAUUUAGAGAAAGUGACGGACUCUGAUGGCCCCCCAAGACCAGAAGGUGUUCAUGUCCCAUUCUUCUCGGCCCUGCGCAAGUCCAGAGUGGUGUCAUCCACCUCCGAAGAGGAAGAGGCUCUCACAGAGAAAUUCCUCAAGAUCAACUGCAAGUACAUCACCAAUGGCAAAGGUGCUGUGAGCGGGGUGUUGCUGGUGACGCCCAACAAUAUCAUGUUUGAUCCCCACCGGAUGGACCCGCUGGUCCUUGCUCAUGGCUGUGAGGAAUACGGUAUCAUGUGUCCACUGGAGGAGGUGCAGUCGGCCGCCAUCUUCAAGGAGAUCACUGACCCCAAGAUCCGAGAGACUGUGCCCGAUGAUUUGGAGCCUCUGCCGGCUGAGAGACACCCCUCCCAGCAGAAAGAGUCAGAGCAUCGACAACGGGAGCCAGGAGCCAACGACAGUGGCAGCACCGCACCGCGCAGCACCGAGGGCUCAAUUUCAGAAGAUGUCUUUACAGAGUCAGAGUUGUCCCCUAUCAGAGAGGAGGAGCAAGCCUCUAGCGAAGACGUGCGUUUGGAUAAGUCUUUGGCCGCCUCCACAGAGUCUGUGCAGACCGUGACACAGGUGGAAGCAACAAACAUCCCGGCCCCAAGCAGUGCUCACAGCUCCGUCACUCAUUCAGAGCAGCCUGUCACGGAGAACGCCUCUGAGGAGGGCGCUCCACAGGACGCCGUGAUAAAAAACGAAAGCCACUCGCCCAUGGGAUCCAAGCAGCACAGUUUAGAACAGCCCCCAAGCACACCCACCACUACCACCAGCACCACUACUAGCCAGGCCCAUCAUCCCAGCAGCAGCACCUCACACCCGGGCUCUCAAAGCUCAGCAGUACCAGGUGACGCUCACAUAGAGGAGGACGUAAAUGAGGGGACGGAGGACUCUAAAUCAGACACUAUGCAACAAGGGAAGGAGAAUGUAGACAAGGAAUCCGAGGAGGGAACACAAAACUCCUCUGAAGGGUCCACAGAGAGACGGAAGCACCGCUCUCACAAGUUCCUGUGUUUGCGGGUGGGGAAGCCCAUGAAGAAGACGUUUGUUUCCAACGCCAGCGCCUCCAUGCAGCAGUAUGCCCAACAGGGAAAAAAGCAUGAGUACUGGUUCGCUGUGCCGCAGGAGAGGUCAGACCACCUGUAUGUUUUUUUCAUGCAAUGGAGCCCUGACAUGUACGGUGAGGGGGUCAGGGGCGUGGGCCAAGAGCCCGGCUUUAUGGUCGUCAAAAAGAAUGAGUCAUCAGAAACGGCAGCGGAAGAGCCCAUCACUGACCUCAAUGUCAAAGAGUGGGAGGUAGUUUCACUGACGGAGUACCACCGUCGGAUUGAUGCUCUAAACAGUGAAGAUCUGCGCUCGCUCUGCAAACGACUCCAGAUCACCACCAAGGAAGAAGUGAACUCCAAACACGAUGUGUCGAUCAAGACGGAGCUGGAGCCAGAGACCUUCAAGCCUAACCUCAGAGAGCCCAGUGACUUGCUGGAGGCAGACCAGAUAGAGAAGCUCGCUCGGAAUCUCCCCCCACGGACCAUUGGGUACCCGUGGACGCUGGCCUUUGGCACCUCAAAGCAUGGAAUGAGCAUUAAGACGCUUUACAGAGCCAUGCAGGGCCAGGACACGCCUGUGCUCAUGGUCAUCAAGGACAGCGACGGUCAGGUUUUCGGUGCCCUGGCGUCUGAGCCCUUUAAAGUCAGCGAUGGUUUCUAUGGCACAGGGGAGACCUUCCUCUUCACCUUUAACCCAGAGUUCGAGGUCUACAAGUGGACGGGGGACAACAUGUUCUUUAUUAAAGGAGACAUGGACUCUUUAGCAUUUGGUGGUGGAAGCGGGGAGUUCGGACUGUGGCUGGACGGCGACCUUUACCACGGCAGAAGUCACUCCUGUAAAACAUUUGGGAACCCCAUGCUCUCAAAAAAGGAGGAUUUCUAUGUGCAGGACAUAGAAAUCUGGGCUUUUGAAUAACCCAGCGCUGCACCACACGAGGGAAAACCAGGCCCGGCAGAAGGGCAGAGCGAGGAGUCCGCCUCCUUGGAACUAUGGCAAUGUCCCAAACCGAACUGCACAUCAGCAGAGCUCUUCCGGCUGGAAGCUACCGGAUGCUUGUUGUGCGUUACUACUGCUGUUAUUACGGAGCUUUUUUUCUUUGUGGAAAAAAAAUUACCUUUGUGUGUAUCUUGUUACAGCCUUGUGCGUCUUUGCAGAGUAGGGGAGGGGGAGGCAAAGUGGAGCUGGGGGCUCGGGGUCGGAGCGACAGAGCUCCUCUCAGUGGGGUGACUAUGGUAGAGGCUGAGGUUUGGGACUGCUGCAGGGGGCUGGAGCGGCCUGACUGGUCCAGACGCGGUCUGACCCUGAAGUUACUCCAUUCAGUAGGAUGUUGCUGUCCCUGUGCCGGUCAGGAGCCACGCAGGAGAUGUGACCACAUUCCAUGAAACCGAACCGACGUUACGGGGUUACGAUGACACUCGAGCCAGAGGUCAUCAGCUGCCGUCAGGAGGUCGUCUUGGCUAAACUUCUAGAGUGUUGUGCGUCGUCGUCCUGUUGUUCACCGUCCUAGCACACCACCCCAAAGCACAUGGCUAUAACUGACCACUCAUCCUCGUAUUGUUUUGUUCAGUGGGUGUACGUGUGAGUCCAGCUGACGCCGACUCCUCUGGCGGGACGCCGGCCGUACUGUUUGUAGACAGUCAACGUGUUGCAAUAGAUUUGUGGAAUAUGCAAAUAACUGUCCUGUGACCUCAAAAACCCGCGGGGCCGGCGCUCUGCCGCCAACGCCGCCGCCACUCUGACAAGAGGGACUUGUAAAGCUUUUACGUCUUGAUACACACUCGCUUUUCUGGGUAUCAUUUGAAAAGCCUGAGACGUGGUUCACCGUUUUACAUGCAUAUAAGACAAUUACAUAUUGAUAUAUAUGAUUAUAUAUGGUCGUAUAUGUAUAUAUAUAAUCAUAUAUAUGUAUGUUGCUGUUAGUGUGACAGUGAUCUAUUUGUGCUGAUAUUUCAGCUGUUACAAUAUGAUGUAUAUUUCCCUGUACAUUAAUGUUUAAAUAGUAGAUUUGUUCCUAUAUAUAUAUAUUACAUAUAUAAUAUAUUGCAUAUAUAUUAUAUAUAAAAUACACAUACAGCUAUAUAAAUAUAUAUAUAUAUAAAGUGUGGAUUGGUGGGUUGCUUCUAGCACUUUAAUCUGGUUUCGCACGUCGAACCAGGUUCUUAGAUUCUCUUAGCAGUAGCUGUACAGUACUUUUCUGUUGGGAUCAUGUUAACAGUAGAACGCUCGCUGCUACCAAUAUCAAUCUGGGUUCAUCCCACUGCUCUGUGUCUACAAACAAGGGUCACCGCACUAGGAAGGGGCCGGGGGGGGCUGAAUGUGGUCGCACAUGCCAGUGAGGCUCAGUUUCUGUCCACAUGGUGGCACUCAGGUGAGUCUCCGACAGGUAGGUAUGCUGGCUGACUGACCCGUGACAGGCGAGGCUGUCGGCCCUCGCACCGUUGAGAACUUUCUGUCCCCCCUUUCUCGUCUUCCACACCAGUAUUUGUGUCCUUGUGGCGAGUCACAAAGAAGAAUAUGGAUCAUUCUGAGUAUUUCACCAGAAUACAAUGUAUCAGUGAUGUAUAAAUAACAAUAAAGCUGAACUAAUUGUUGUAA